CCCUGCCUGGGUCAGGGGAAAUCACCCCCCGUUCGACUCUCUCUGACAAAAUGCCACGGUGACGCAGCACAUCAGAAACUUUGGAGGCCCCGGGCCUGCUGAGCACCAUCCCUCCCUCUCAGCGAACGCCAAUUCCAAAGUCCCACGCGUCUCAAUCUCCUGGCUGAGGUCUCUUUGUCAAAUGACCUCCUUUCGAGGUGGGGGGUUUUAAACUGAGAUGUUUCCACAGCUCUUCACGAUGUCAUGGAGACCCACCGGAAUGGGAUGGAUGCCUACAACGGGAGAUGACCAGUCUCCCCAUUCGGAGUCAGAGAGCUGGGAGUCAACACAAGCUGCAAUGAGAUGGACCACCGUGCGUGGUGAGGCGAUGCAUUCCGGCUCUCCUCCUAUCCCGACCGGAAUGACACACCGUGAGUCCAGACAGACAGACAGCAGCAGCGAGGGAGAGCAUUCCGGCUCUCCUCCUAUCCCGACCGGAAUGACACACCGUGAGUCCAGACAGACAGACAGCAGCAGCGAGGGAGAGGAGGCACAGUCACUGACCUGGACAUACAAGCCCAUUAAACAGAUGAACAUUACCAUGUUCCUGAUGUUGUUUCAUAACCUCAUGAAGGACAAGAUGUACAAGCCGAGACUGCAGGAGUGUUUGGAGAAGACUCCAAGUGCAGAGAUUGCCUGGGAAACCCUCCGGGCUAACCUAACCCUCAUGGCCCGAAUGGAGGCCUCGAUCCUGCUGAUGGUGGCAGGCCGAGCCAUGCUGGCAGCCAGUGCCGAGGAGCUGGAAAAGCUGCCUGUGCCCAAGGAUAUUGCCUUGAUAAAGGCCGUGAUGAAUCAGUUCAAUAACAUUCACUGUAACCUAACCAAGGAAGCGCGCAGGGCAGUGUACCACUGGCUAAAAAGAGCUCUAAAGUCAGUCAUGUGCCCAGAGAGGGAGAGGCCACAGGGAGACAGAGAGGAUCGCAGAGAUCAAGACACACCAACAACAGGUCUGUGUAACUGGGUGAAUGAGACCACUCUGGGAAUAGUCCACCUCUACGUCUUUGAAGCAACUCCCAGCGAUCUCAAACUCAUCACUGAACAACAGACGUGCCGGAUGUUCACUAAUCCCCAGUUUGCGAUAGCCCUCAGUGUGGCGUACGACAUGGAGACCUGGAUGGGCAAGCAACUCUUCCACACGAUCACCACCAGCUGCAUCAACGUCACCGCACCCAAUCACAUCACUCGUCUCGGAGCCCUGGCUUGUUUCUUUGAAGAUGUAGAGUCCCUGGACAACAUCACCUCCAACGCUCUGCUCAAACAACUGAUGGCGUGUCCCAAUGCCAAUGCGCGCCAGAACAUAAAGAGGCUGGUGAAGGACACACCCCUGACCGGUGACCUGCUCCAGACCGUGGGCCAGGCCCUCAGUGUGUUCUCUGCCCAGAAACUGGACAAAAUCUCUGGCCAGGACAUCCGCGAGAACAUCGAGGUUUUCGCCACUGUUGAAGACUUUCAGAUAACUCAGUCCCGGCUCCUGGUCAGUAAGUUCAUCCUGGCCGGAGGCAAGCUGAACUCCAGUUCGGAUCUGCUGGGAUUGGGUCACCUGAUCGCAGGAGUCUGCUCCACACAGCUCCGGAAUAUGCCGUCGGAGGAGUUGGCCAAAGUUGCCAAGGGAUUCCAAGAGGAGCAAGCAAAUAAACUCAUCCCCUUCCAGAAAACAACCAUCGUCCUGACGAUCUUGGAGAAUGAGGACACCACGGCGGUGUUUUGGAGCCUCUCCUCGUCUUUCCGCAAGGAACUUCCCACCUCCAGCAUCGGGAAAGCGAACAUCACUGACCUGGCGCAGGUGAAGGACACCGAGUGGAAUAAGGGUCAGGCACUCUUCAUCUGCGAAGGGCUCCUCACGAAAAAUGCAAUUCCGGUUGAUGAACUGGGGCAGCUGGGCUCCUUAGUUGCGGGGGUAACGUGUGAGAUGUUCGAACGGUCCGCAGGCAGCGCGGUGCUGAACAUGUGCAGGAGCCUGGGGAACGUCACUGCGUGGUUAUCAAGGGCCCAGCUCGUCUGUGUGGCCAAACUGCUCGGAUCUGCCCUCGACGCCUAUGACCCACAGGCUCUGCAGGAUAAUGUGGACACCAUACUCACCAACGUUUCCAGUGAGAUCCUCCUCCACCUCAGUGAGCAGUAUAUCUGCCAGACCCUUGCCAGCUCGUGUACCCUUUACCUGAAGACGAUGGCAGAGGCUCGGUUUGAGUUGCUGCCCCGGAGCUCCGCGAUCCGAGAGUGUGUCCGUGUCGCUGCCAUUCGCUGUCUGGAUAAGUCGGUCUCGGAGCUGGAAGAAGCGGACCUGGCCUUCCUGGGAAGGGUGGUGUGUGAGUUUUCCGGGAAUAACGUCUCCGAGCUUCAGGAUGCCGCCUUCGGUGCCUCCAUCCCGCAGUUCGGGAAGUGUCCACAGUUCCACGCCACCGCCCCCACCCUCCUGGCGGACAGGAUCACCAGCAGUCUCGGGAACGCCUCGAUGUGGACGAGUGAGAUGGUCGCCUCGCUGGGCCCCAUGGUCUCCUUCCUGGACAAAGACACCCUGCAGCAGAUUCCGAACACGGUCGAUCUGAGUCAAGUGCUUUUGAAGCUUCAGGCGUUGCAGGGUCCAGCAGCGUCGUCGGAAUUCCAGACAGGUUUCAGUCUCACCGUGAUCACCGUCACCGUCUUCAACAGGCUGGUGCAGCCAACGGCUGAGGGGAACACUCAACGCAGGAGGAGGGCAGCGUCGUGCAAGGUGACCCCUAGCUCUGAUAAGAUCCACGAGCUGGGACAAGCCAACAGUUUGUGGUCAGCAGAGCAGCUGUCCUGUAUCAGCACCGAGACCUUCAGUGACAGUAUCGGGGUCCUGGGCUCCGUCCUUGGCUUUUCACCAGAACAGCGCUCGGUCCUGACCGACAAAGCCAUCGAGGCCUGGGGAGCACCAGCCACUUUUUCCCAGAGCGAAAUCGCCAGUCUCCAAUAUCUCCUCAGCGCCCUGUCUGUCAGUGACUUGGAGACGAUGGAUCUGAGCUCCCUCGAUAACCUGGACAGCGUUGCGGGGUGUCCUUCCUGGACGCAAGACCAGAGGAGGGCGGUGUUGGAACGUUACCUGGAGCUGAACGGCCUGACCGCGGCCAGGCUGAAUGCCGUUGAGCUGAGUGGGCUCGGCAACUUCCUGUGUGCGAUGAAUGCUUCUCAGAUCAACGCGCUACAGGGGGACGCGAUCAAGUUGGCCGCUGCCGGUCUGGGGAAGCUGACCUGUCCCUCCAAGACCCUGGACCUGCUGAAGGAGAAGUGUAGCACAGUCUUUGGAGGAAUGAGUACCUGGAACGAUUCCCAGCUUACUGAACUGGGCACCAUCGUGGGUGCUGUCUGUGGAGCAGCUGAAGGCGCUGGGCCCGGAGAACGCUGGCGCUGUGACCCCGGAGCAGAUGGACCUGCUGACCCCGGAGCAGAAGGACGCUGUGCACGAAGCACUCGGAGUCUCCACUCAGAAAGCGCUGCCCUACGGCAUGUCCCGCAGCCCCAGCCUGGGCGUCUCUGGGCUGGUGCACAUGGUUGCUACCCUGCUCUCGGUUGUGCUGCUGUUUGGGUGAGAUGUGAUGCAGAGGGAGGCAGAAUCUCAAACCGCCCGUCCCAUCCUCCCGCUGCAGCUCCUUGUACCCGACUGCGCCCGCACAACGUCUUCCCUCACCCUUCUCCUGCUUGGAAAGAAAGUGCUCGCUUCGAAAAUCGAUUUCCUCUCAAAUCCGAGUUAAAAAUGAAUAUUUUCAGCAAAUGAUUCGCUGUGAAUCGAUCCUGUCA